CUUGGCCGGCUCAGGCAUUUUAACGAACGGACUUCAGCAGCUACGCUGACUAAAAGCACUGCCGCAACUUGCGAGCCGUUCUGAGCGCCGCUCAUUUAUAGGAACCUGCUGAGUUGGUGAGAUGUCCGGCCGCGGGAAGCAGGGCGGGAAGGCGCGGGCCAAGGCCAAGUCGCGCUCGUCGCGGGCCGGGCUGCAGUUCCCCGUGGGCCGUGUGCACCGGCUGCUGCGCAAGGGCAACUACGCGGAGCGGGUGGGCGCCGGCGCCCCGGUGUACCUGGCUGCCGUGCUGGAGUACCUGACGGCCGAGAUCCUGGAGCUGGCGGGCAACGCGGCCCGCGACAACAAGAAGACGCGCAUCAUCCCCCGCCACCUGCAGCUGGCCAUCCGCAACGACGAGGAGCUCAACAAGCUGCUGGGCAAGGUGACGAUCGCGCAGGGCGGCGUGCUGCCCAACAUCCAGGCCGUGCUGCUGCCCAAGAAGACCGACAGCCACAAGGCGAAGACUAAGUGAACACCCGAACAAUAGCAGCCGGGAAACUUUCCCAGAGAAAACCCAAAGGCUCUUUUCAGAGCCACCCACACAAUCACAAGAGAGCUAUAUUGCUUUGUGUACUCGGAAGCACGUGUAGAUACACUAAUAUAUU